AUGGAUGAGGAAAGGUCACAUGAGCUGUUUCCAAAAGAAAAGCAGAUGGAGGAGUUGCCUCAAAAAAAGAAGCAGGCUAUGGAGCCGCUUCGAAAAAGAAAGCAGGUUGUGGAGCCGCUUCAAGAAAGAAAGCAGGCUAUGGAACUUCUAAGAAAGCAAGUUGUGGAGCCCCUUUCAGAAAGGAAGCAGGUUGUGGAGCCGAUUGCAGAAAUAAAGCACGUUGUGGAGCUACUUCCAGAAAGAAAGCAGACUGUGAAGCCGCUAAGGAAGCAGAUUGUGGAGCUACUUUUAAAAAGAAAGCAGGAUGUGGAGCCACUUCCAGAAAGUAAACAGGCUGUGGAACCGCUAAAAAAGCAGGCUGUGGAGCUGCUUCCAAAAAGAGAGCAGAUGGGGGAGCUUUUUCUAACAAAAAACAGACGGAUAAGCCCCUUCAAAGAGGAAAGCAGAUGA